GCGAUUGUAGCUACUUUUCCUGAUAUAGUGAUCAUGCGGAGACCCCGCAGAGCAGGACUAGGGGUGUUAUCUCCUCGGAGAGCCCCGAACCUGGGUAAGAUCCGCCGGCGUGCAUGUCUUCGCCUCAUCCCGUUUCCAAGCACCGGCGACGUCUUAUUGGCACCCACAAUGAUAAGCCACCCGUUGGCAUAUGUCGCACCUACCACCCGACAUUAAGAUUAACGAUAUUAAUGAGCAAGCAAACAAGUUUCACGAGCUAACUCGUUUAGCUCACUAAUUUUCAAAAGUUUGACAUGAGAGCCCUAGUUCAAAUCAGUCCACUAACAAAAGAGUUGCUAGUUAGCCCAGCCUAGGGGCCUACCACCCCAGCCCACUUCGACUCUUCUUCUAGACCUAGGAGCUAGCAACCAGGAGACCCUAGAGUCAACCAGGAGCCAGCCGCCACGAACCAAACGUCAUUGUUUAAUUUAUGUUGUUGUGAAUUUUUGAUGGGAUCAUGGGAUUCUUCUGUGUUGUUUAUUACCUUGAUGUUCUUGUUUAAUUUAAUUCCAUUAUGAAUUUUCUAUGGGAUCAUAGAAUUCUUCUGUUUUGUUUAUUACCUUAACGAGCACUCAUGAACACUCGUGAGUAUAACGAGCCCAUAACGAACUGAGUCGAAUAGAGCUUUUAGCUCGUUAAUAAUAGCGAGCUUAAUGAUAACGAGCUUAACGAUAAUGAGCUUAAAGAUAACGAGCCGAACGAACCGAGCAGCUCGUUAAUCCAGCCCUACCGGGCCCGGCAUAUAUAUAUUUUAAACUUUUUUUUGAGCAAAGGGUAGCUAGCCUUUAUUGAUUAUGCAGGAUGUUCAUGGGAAUUACAAGGGUGUCAUGCGGGACACUCAACCACAGGUGUCUCCCUAUCUAGCUAGCUUGUGGGCUUCAAAAUUCGAAAUCCUAGAUUCAAAAUUGAAAGAACAGGAAUUAAAAAGACUUGUAGUUUCAGCAAUCUCUCUGAUGAUGCCUCCUUCUUCGCCUCCUAUUUUCUGCUGGAUAUAAGACACGACUUGCUUGCAGUCUGAAGCUAUGAAAAGCUGAUUUUCACCAAGGUCCAACACCAACGCUUGAGCUUCCCUGCAAGCGAUCGCUUCUAGAACAGCCGGUUCAAAAAGCCCUUGGAUCACCAAUAUGGACGAGCCCAAACAGUUGACGCUCUGAUCCCUGAAAUGGCCGCAGCUGUACCCACUCCAUGGUCCUCUGAAACGCCUGCAUCUACAUUUAUUUUCACAGUUCCUUCCGGUGGUGGUUGCCAAACUCUCGCUGGUGCACUUCUUGGCGCUCUAAUCACAUGUGGCUCACUUGGCUGUUGUAGCUGAUCCAGUUCAGCUAUAAAGCGAGUAACAAAAAGGUGAGUUGACAGGGGGCUUUGGUUUAUACCUUCAUGUAUCAGUUUUCGGCGAGCAUACCAAACUGUCCACAAUGUCACAGUCAUCCGGGUAGUUCUUCAUGGUUUAAACCUCAAACAUGGAAAACAGCCAACUUCUUGCUGAUGGUUCAGUCGUGGCGAUCAUAUGUUCCAGCAGCUCAUGAUUGACAAGAGCCCAUACGCAGCGGGCAAUAUUACAUUCUAUUAAGCUGUGCCUCCAAGAGUCCUGCAUACCACAUAUAGAGCAUAAAUCGUUUGUGGACAUUUUCCUAUGUUUUCUGACAUCCUCAGUAGGAAUAGAUUGUUGCGCCAAUCUCCACAGAAAAACCUUUAUCUUGGCCGGCACUGUUACUCCCCAUAAGAAUUCCCAAGAUUUUUCAACUGCCGCUGUGUUUGAAGGCCCCGCUCGCUGAUCCAGCCAAUCUUCUCUCCUGGUUUUUGUGGCGACAAUCGUCCGAUAAGCUGAGCGUAUAGAGAAGAUGCCAUUGUUUUCGAAACCCCAUCCGAUCAGUCCUUGUUUCAAGGUAUCCCUUCCCUCAAUUACUGCCCUCCAAAUUUGUGACGGGUGGUUGCCUACUGCGGCUGAUAGAAAAUCAGUAUUCGAGAAAUAUGCCGAUUUCAGGAUUCUAGCACUCAAUGAUUCAGGGUUCUCAAGUAUCCUCCAAGCCUGUCGAGCCAACAAAGCCAAGUUAAAAAGUUCAAAGUCUCGAAAGCCAAGUCCUCCCAUGUACUUUGGCAUGCUCAUAGUGUCCCAAGAUACCCAAUAGGGUUUUCAUUUGCCUCUCUUGCUACCCUACCAAAAAGCUUUAAUCAUAGAAGUUAGGUGCCGUAAUAGGCCACGAGGGAGUUUAAAACAAGACAUGGAGUAAACUGGUAUAGCCUGAGCCACUGAUUUUAUCAAGACUUCCUUUCUAGCUGCAGAUAAUAAUUUCUCCAUCCAUCCUUUUAUUUUGCUCCAUAGUCUGUCCUUGAGGUAUUUAAAUGCCCCAUUCUUUGAUGCCCCCACAUCUGUAGGCAUCCCAAGAUACUUCUCAUUCAACUGUUCAUUUGGGACAUUCAGAAUCUGUUUAAUUGCCGCCCUCACUCCUUCAGGACAUCCUUUACUGAAAAAUAUAGAGUAUUUAUCUUUAUUUAUUCUCUGACCAGAAGCAAGUGCAUAUGUUUCCAGAAGGUGAGAAACUUCUUCAGCUCCCUCUGUAUUUGCUCUAAAAAACAGCAGGCUGUCAUCUGCAAAUAGCAAGUGGUUCACCGGCAGAGCCGAUGUGGCCACCUUAAUGCCACCAAGAUUAGAUGAUUGAAAUAUGGAUUUCAAAAGGCAUGAAAGGCCCUCUGCUACCAGCAAAAAGAGGUAUGGUGAAAUAGGAUCUUCCUGACGGAUACCCAGUGUAGGGUUAAAUUCAUCAGCUUAUGACCAUUAAAAAGGACUAAGAAUGAAACUGAUGUUACCAUGUCCAUAACUAUGUUAACCCACCUCUCAGUGAAUCCCAGCUUAAGCAUAAUCGCUCUCAAAUAAUUCCAUUCAACCCUGUCAUAUGCCUUCAUCAUAUCAAGCUUCAUGGCACAAUGCCUGUUUCUCUCAACCUUAUUUCUCCUCAUGAAAUGUAGACACUCAUAAGCAGCAAUGAUAUAUAUAUAUAUAUAUAUAUAUAUAUAUAUAUAUAUAUAUAUUUUAAAUGAGACCCGCAAGAUGCCAAUUUUUUUUGGAUAAAGAAAAAACAACCAGGCCCGGUCCAGCCCAACAAGCCGAGCAGGAAUGUGCCAUCGUUGGAAGCUGGAACCAAUACCCUACCCAAAUUCCCCGCUCCUGCCUCAAAUCUCGUCUCUCUACUCGCCGGACAUGAAGGAAACAGCGGCGGCGCGACCCGCUGCCGAGAAGAAUGAGGCGGUUGCGGCGCCCCCAGCACGCAAGAGGCGCGCAUCUGACGAAGCGGCUGGGUCCAGGUCCAGGUCACACAAACUGGCACGUGAUAGCGGCUGCGACGGCGAUCUCAUCAACAAUCUUCCGGAUGCCAUCCUCGCCACCAUCGUCUCCCUCCUCCCCACCAAGUACGGCGUCUGGUCGCAGGCCGUCGCCCGUAGAUGGCGUCCUCUCUGGCGCUCAGCGCCUCUCAACCUCGACGCCUCCCACGACCUCUGCUCCAACGACUUCGGGCGCUUCUCCCUCGUCUCCAGGAUCCUCUGCGAUCACCCUGGCCCGGCCCGCCGCUUCGCUUUCGACCGCAUCCGCCUCCACAGGGAGGAAAAAAGGUACGCCGAGGAAGCCGCUGAGCUCGAGCGCUGGUUCAACUCCCCGCUCCUGGACAACCUCCAGGAACUCAAUAUCGUCUUCUCGCUCUUAGAAUAUUCGUCUGGACAGUCUGAGAAGGAGAAGCGCUAUCCGCUGCCACCGUCGGUGCUGCGCUUAGCACCAACCCUCCAAUUGGCCAGGAUUGGCUCCUGUGAUUUCCCAAAGGAGAUCGCACCUUCGCUGAAUUUCCCCCUCCUCAGGCAGCUCCACCUAUGGCGCGUUUCCAUCUCCGAUGAUGUCUUCUCCGGGGUGCUCUCUGGCUGCCAUGUCUUGGAGAACUUAUACUUGUCGGAGAUUCGUGAUGUAGGUUGCCUCCGCAUAUGCUCGCCAACUCUCAGGAUCAUUGUCAUCUCUUGUUUGUUUGAAGGCGAGGGAGAAUUGGUCAUUAUGGAGGCCCCUCGCCUUGAAAGGUUGCUGUUACGUUCGCCAGGCUCAGGUAGUGAGAUUAUCCGGGUUGUUAGCGCACCUAAGCUGCAGAUGUUGGGCCUUUUGUCUCCCCGCAUCUCAUAAAUUGAAAUUGCUAAUAUAGUCUUCUAGGUAACAGCUGCAUUAGUCUCUAGUAGGCUCUUAAUUAAAUGGAAUUCUCACUUCUAGAAGUUUUUUUUAUGAGAGGAAGUUUUCUCAAAACUCCGUUGUUUUCUUCAGGGAUUGAUCCCAUCCAUCUCGGAAAACUCAAUAAGCACCGUAAAGGUUUUGGCUCUCAAGUUUUCUGACCCUGCUUUGGAUGCAGUUCUUGACAUCCUUAGAUGCUUUCCCUGCUUGGAAAAGCUCUAUGUCAUUUGGGAUGAAUAUGUAAAGGCAGAGAUAAAAAAUGUGCGUCAGUAUGAUCCACUAGAUCCAAUCAAAUGCCUUGAGAACCAUCUCAAAGUAUUGGUAUUGAAGAAUUACAAAGGUGGUGAGGAAGAUGUUGGCUUUGCCAAGUUCUUUGUUUCGAAUGCAAAAGUGGUAAAGGAAAUCAAAUUUGGAGUUUGUAAGAAAAUUGACAUCGACAAGAAAUGGAUGACUCAUCAACUCACGCUGCUAGAAGUGGAAACAAGACCUUCGCCAGACACUGUAUUCAAAUUCAGAAGUGGUUCUUCUUGUUGGGACACUUAUUUGGAUACCGAGGACUUAUCCGUUGCCGACCCGUUCAGCUGUUGUUGUUUUAGACGGGUAGAUACUCUUUCAGAAGCAUAUCUGUGAUCUGUCAAUGGCGUAUCUCUUUGGUUGCUUCGUUCAUGAAUUAUGUACCUGAUGAUUGUGUUGUCUUCCGUCUGAAAGGGAAGAGCAUGGAUGCAACCUAGUUAAUUCUAAGUAUUAGUCAACAGUGCAUGAUUGUGUUUGAAUUUGCUAGUUUCAAUCGGCGUUUUAUGCUUGUUUUGAUAAUUGAACUAUCCUUUCUUUUUUACCAGAAUGUAUGUGAUUUAUUUUUACUGCGAGUUAA